UUUCUUCAUCUUUUGUAUUGCUCAGUGCUUUUUAUUCAUCGUUUAAUCUUGCCGCUUUGUAUGUUUUCGUAUUUGAGCAAACUGAAUUUGGGGGAGUUUUUGCUUCUUUAUUUUUUGGGGCUUAAAGCUUUAGGGUUGAGCCGCCCUUGCUUUUUGUUGUGAAUUUUCUUUGUUCCUCGAGGUUUUGAGCUUAACUGCAAAUUGCUAGCCAGAAGUAUAGUUCUGAUAGAGAAUUUUGGUCGGAUUAAGUAAAACAUAUCAAACUCAAGUUUGCAGAGAAGCUUCAAAUAAAUAAAUACAGGCGAGGUAGCCAUCAUCGAAGGAAUCAGAUGGCAGUAAUGGAGGAAUCAAACCCAAAGUCCACUUUAUCCCCACCUAAUUCCUACACUGCCGUUGUUCUUGGAGGUACUUUUGAUCGUUUACACGAAGGUCACCGGCUUUUUCUUAAGUCGGCUGCGGAAUUGGCAAAGAAUCGAAUUGUAGUUGGUGUUUGCGAUGGUCCAAUGUUGAUUAAGAAACAGUAUGCUGAUCUGAUAGAGCCAAUUGAGCUGAGAAUGGAACAUGUUGAAGAUUACAUCAAGUCUAUAAAACCUGAGCUGAUAGUGGAAGUAGAACCAAUUGUGGAUCCCUAUGGUCCGUCAAUUGUCGAUGAGAAUUUGGAGGCCAUUGUUGUCAGCAAGGAGACGUUGCCUGGUGGACUGUCUGUUAAUAGGAGGAGGGCUGAAAAGGGACUCUCGCAGCUAAAGAUCGAAGUUGUAGAUCUAGUCUCUGAAGAAUCAAGUGGAGACAAACUGAGUUCUACUGCUUUGAGAAAACUUGAAGCUGAGAAGCUGCUCAGGGACCACAAUUCCGGAAGUCAGAGUUAAAACUUUUUCUUGUCUAUACGUUCAAAGGAGUUUCACUUUGUUUUUUUUUCUUUUCAAUUUGCUUUGUUAGGAUUAACAAGGACACUCUGUAGCCAUCAUAGAUGUGAAAUUGUCUUGUAAAACAAUAAUCUCCUCAGAAUCGUGCUGGAGUUGUUUUCACAGUUACUUGUAUAUCUAUAAAAUGUAGCCUUGAUUUCUUUCCA